CUUAUGCUUCCUUAGACAUUUUGUUUUAGGCUAUCAGUUCCAUCUUUCUUUAGCUUUGCAGCCAAUAUUUAAUUUCUCAAUGCUUCAAACAUCAAUAUACUCUUCUAUAAAGAUAAAGCAACCUAUUCCUUGACAAGAAAUGACUUCUCUUCAUAACCUUCUUCAUUACCAUCACCCUUUCUCUCCUUCAAUCUUGCACAAAAAAUGGAAGACAAAAACAUUUUCGCGGCCGAUUGCAUAGUCAUAUGUUGCUGCUGUCAAUGCUUGAUCCUCCAAAUCAUCAUCUUGUUCUUGCUUAACCUUCCAUGCAAGCUGUUAAAGAAAACAAAAGAAUGUAUAAAGAAACUGAGAUAUCGAAGAAAGAACAAGAAAACUAUUAUGGAGAUGGAGAUCAACAGACAUGAAGAUGAAAUCUUGAAAGAUCAUGGAGGAUCUUUGAGGGUUCAUCUUGAGAGUUUGUGUUGUUUGGAGGAAGUUGAAAAGGUUUUAGAAGAGUUUUCUCAAAAGGGUGAAUUUGCUUUUGGAAGCUUUUGGGGUGGGGAUGAAGAGGAUGUGUUAGAGACACAGAGAAUCACAACAUGUAUACAUAAACAAACAAUUGAUUAUGAUGUUUUUCAUACGAUACAAGUUUUUGGAUCUUUCAAGUUGCAGUGACACUAUCAUAUGCUCUUUUAA